GCUCUCUCAGUCAGUGUGUCGUUACCAUUGAAUUCGAUUCGUUCGAAUGUUUUAAGUUACCGAACCAAAGAAGUAGAAAACAAAAAAACUUUUACAACAUUAUCCAAAACGUAAUAAUACCAAAGAAAAACAACAACAAAAGUUCUCGAGUUUCCGCUGUUUGUGAUAUAUACAACGCAUUACUGUUUCGUUCGUGGCACAGGUUUGAUCCUGCGGUGGUGGUGCGCGUCCUUCAGUUUUCGCUCGUCUUUGAUCGAUUGGAGGAUGUGAAUCCGGUGCAGUGGCUUCAUUUGGCAAGGAUAUCAGGCUGGCGGGUUUAGAGCCGUCGCCGUCGGAAGGCGACAAGGACUGCCUGACCACCUACGUCUUCAAUCCAGUGGAUUCGUGUACACCGAGCCCGCUGAAUUCGCACGGAGAUGGCGUCCGGACGCCGGAAACGCUGCGGGCCGGCAGCUCGCUCACCUACGACAGGAAGUCCCUGGGUCGUGCCAACUAUAUGGCCGAGUACGACCCGGAGGUGGUGAAGGACUCCAAAUGCUACGACCUCUACACGAUCAGCAAGGAGGAGAGGACGUACGACGAGCCGUUCGCCGGAGAUCCUCAGGCCAACUCCGGUCGAAGGUCCUGGCUCUGCUGUCCAGGUACCCAGCAGCAACAACAGCAGAGGCUGGAGGUCGAGCAGCCGCCGCUCGUCGACGUCAGGAUGGUCGCUCCCAUGGAUAUCUCUUCGCCGAUCACGCAGCCGCCCCACAUUUUCUGCAACGCCACUUGCGAGAGAUUGCAGCAGCAACUGGACGAGCAGGCGCAACGGUACGAAGAGCAACUCACGGAAUUGCACUCCGUGAUUGCGGAACUGACCCGGAAGUUGCAUCAGCAGCGGACGAUGGCCAUCGCCGAGGAGGAUGAGACUUCCGAGGCCUGUACCAGCGCCCACGAUGAUUCGAUGACGUGUCCGUUGGAAGUUAGCGAACUGGAGCCGGCCGAAAACGAUCUAUCCGAUUUGGAGAACAAACUUCCGUUGUCAGAGAGUCCACUUGAGCUUCCUGAACCGAAGCUCACAUCAUCUCAUCAUGAGACGAACGCGGAAAUAUCUCCGUAUUCGGAAAUUGUGGAUCCAUUACGCGCGGAAAUCGUCAGUUUGAAAGCCCAACUGAUGGAGUCCGAGGCGAAAUUGGCAAGGGCGACCCUGCAAAACGGAUGCUCCGAUUCCGAUAACAAAUGCCUGGAUUCACCGGAGUCCCAUAUCGAGACCGAUUACGAGCCGAAGUUAAUAGACACCAAAGCGGACAUCAAGUACAGCAACAUCGUGCCAAUACAUAAAGCGAACAUCCGGAACGGGUACCAGGCCAGCAACAACAUGCCGGUAUCGAAGAUGGCCGAGAGGAUCAAAUUGAAAAGGGCGACGGACCAGAGGGAGGUGAAUCCCAACGACCUGAUCAACGGGGAUCUUUCGACCGUCGUUGCAGAACAUAUCGUAGGAGAUAUCUUGAGGCAGUGCGACGCACAGAGCGAGAAGCAGGCAGUCGAUAUCGAAUUCAAAAGGAUAUCCUCGAAGCUUGAGCAUGCCAGGUCUCAGAACUCGGUGCUCGCUCUGACGCUCACGGAGACAAAGGCUCAUUGUGACAGGUUGGCGUUAUUGUGCGGCAAAUACGAGUCAAAUGCGAUUGCUUUGAGAUUGGCACUGGGUGUCACGGACAGGGCGAUUGAAGCCUACGACGUUCUACUCGCGCUGCUGGAGACCGAAGUUGCUAUGACUGAUCCGACGCCGGAAUCCGUCGAGAACCGUGCAGCCGCAGAAUCCAUUGCCAAACAAUUGUUGAUACAUCUGGACACCUACCAAAGUACCGACGUUCUUCUAUCGCCCUGGCAAAACCAUGUGUACAACAGUCCAACAUCAGAAUGCGGAGAGCUUUGGAACACGGACCAUGAAAAUAGAUUACGCGAGCAUGUGUCGCGUUUAAAGGAGGAACGCAGCAACAUCCAAGGCACUUACGUAAUGCUGGAAUCGACCCAAGUCGAGAAUCCACCAAUACGCGCUGCGAGUAACCAGGAGGCGAGAAAAAUUGAUUUGGAGAUGGCCGUACUGAUGCAGGAAUUGAUGGGACUGCGCGAGGAUAAAACGGAUUUGCUCUCUAAGCUUUUCGUGCUGGAGAAGGAGAAGAGCGCGCUCGAGGUGAAAUUGAAGUACGUCGAUGGGCAGCAAAGGGCCCAAGGUGCGGCUCUGAAGAACCUCCAGGGACAGCUUAAGGACACCGAAGCGCUGCUCGCGUUGGCCACUCAGAACAAGGAUAAAGGUUAUACCGAUGCCGAUCACGCCCAAGGUAUUGAACUAGAGCUGAUGCAGGCUUUGGCCAGAGAAGCCAGGUUGAAGGUGCGCCUUCAGGAGCUUAUUGCCACUCUCGAACAGGUCACCAAGAACGCUGAGGCUCGACUUCUGGAAGGACGAGAAAUUGUCCAUGAUCUCAAUCAUACAAACAGUGUGCUGGCCGAAACGGUAGAUAGGAAUAACAAAAAAUAUCAAGCUAGAUUUAAGAAGAUGGAGCAGCAGAUGAUGGUGAUGGUGGAGAGACACACGGCUCAGGUUCAAAACUUGCAGCAGAGAAUAACCACGUUGGAAUCGCCGACGCCAAACACGAGCUCGGAAAUAUCAAACAGCUCUUCCGUCGCCGUUUAGAUGAAACAGGGAGAAGAUGGGAGAAACAGUAAUAAUUAUAAUUAAAAAUAAUAUCUUGUUGUUGAUGUAAUAAGGCUUUAGUCAUAAAUGUUUUUAAGGAACUAAACUUAGGAUUAAACGUUUAAGCGCAAAUGUUUUAAAUAGUCGGUAAGUGAGGAAAGGAAUAACGAAAGAUUUAUUUUAUUACCGUACAAUGUAUAAAAAGAAAUUGAUUAAUUAAGGACAACCUUCAUGAUUUUCUCUCUUCUAUUCCACCUCCUCUAUCUCUGUAUCAAUUUAUUAUUUUGUUUGUAUCAAUAUCAAUUUUUUUUUCUUAUAAUUUGCGCGAAAUCAUUUCGUUUCUUUCAUUUCUAUCUGUGAUUUCAUCCACACUGUGUAUACUAAUGUAUAAAAAAUAUAUAUUUACGCUAAGUAUUGAAACAAUUGACUGAUAUUAUAAACAAACGCUGAACUAUAUGCAUGAUUUCGUUCAUAUUAUUUUAGUUUUGUAUUAUUAUUAUUUUUUCAUUUUACUUUUUUUUUUGAUAUAAAUA